AUGGAAUACACUCAAGACGUCUCCCCAGACAUUCUUCCUUCCCCGUUGUUUCGAUACCCCUCAAACCAUCUCACCGGCGAAGGUCAGCUUGCUACUGGUGCCACGCCGACUCCUCUGAUACAUAAUGUAUCAAAGGCUCCAAGCCCACAGCUACGGAUGGACCGCUUGAAACGGCCCCAUACAAAAUCUCGCCAGGGAUGCUUUAACUGCAAGACGCGGAGAGUCAAGUGUCAAGAAACAAAACCAGCAUGUUUGAACUGUCUACGCAGAGACCAAGAAUGUGUCUACCCAGCCAAAGAAGACGGGAGAUGGCGACUAGUGAAGGCUGGUCAGAAACAGCAUCCGAUACCAAGGUUAUCACCAGCCCCUUCGGCAUCUCCGCGAAUUGGCACGGCCCCUUUCACCAGUGACGAUCUGCGCUUUUGGCAUCAUUUUCUUGCCGAUGCACGACCGGGUCUUCCACUGGGAGAUGAGGGCACCUGGUCGUCGGAGAUACCAGCGUUUGCCCACGAUUGUCCCCAUCUCCUCCAUGCGUUACUUUCCCUUGGCGCAUCAUACUGCUGUCUAACCACCUCACAACGGUACAAAUACGCCCCUCUUGCUAUCGCGCACCGGGGCAAAGCUCUCAAAGCCCUCGGCGCCAUUCUUGCUAAAGGCGACAACUGCACUAUGACUGAAAUGGACAGUGCUCUAGCAACAUGCUACGCAUUGACCUUCCAAGCUCGCCAAAUGAGUGAUGGUGUCAUCGACUUUGCCGUCAUGGUGCGCGGCUGCAGCAUCAUAACGAACUGGUGGCGAGCUCAUCAUUACAAUGAUGAGGCAGAUGUUUAUGUAUUUCGCAAUAUCCGCUACGCUGCUCCUCCAUUGGGUGAACUACGCUGGUCUAAACCGGCACCCCCAGAAUUCAUUCCUGGCGUUCAAGACGGCUCAUAUGGUCAUAACUGCAUUCCUGCUCCAAUUCCGGACAACUUUCUUAUGCCAGGAUCCGAAAAUCUCACCAAGGAUGCUGCUGAGGGUUCCAAAGACCAGGCAAUAGGAAUGGGAUACUACGAGGGCACAUCUCUCAUCCAGCGGGCAGAUCACGACCUGAUUUUGGUAACUAUUAACUACCGCCUGGGAGGUUUUGGCUUCCUUGCUGGAGAGCCUGUGCGCGCCCAUGGAGUUUUCAAUGCCGGUCUGCAUGAUCAGCGCGCCGCUCUUGCCUGGGUGCAGUCAUACAUACAUCUCCUUGGCGGCGAUCCUGACAAUGUCUCUGCCUGGGGCCAGUCUGCUGGCGCCGGUUCUCUGAUUUAUCACCUGAUCGCAGAAAGCGGGAACCUUGAUCCUUUAUUCAAGAGGGUAAUACUGCAGAGUCCUUCUUUUGGAACCAACGCAGACCCUCAAGUGAAUUACAAGCGAUUCAGAGACUUUGCAGCGGCUGCGGAUUGCCCAACUGAAGGGGAAGAUGCGCUUCGCUGCUUGCGUUUGGCAAAUAGCACUGUUCUCAAGAAGGCAAAUGAAGAGGUGUAUCUUGGUGAAUCGUCACCCGUGCCAGAUGGGGCAUACAUUCGAAACCCUGCUGUGUUUGAGUACGCUAUUGGAAACACCUGGAAAAAUGUCGACUCAGUACUUGUUAGCCACGUCUUGGACGAAGGGAGCCUCUUCCUCCCCGACCCUAUUCCCGAGGGCCAGCUACGAUCCUUUAUCUCCAGAAACUUACCACCGAAUUCUACAGAGCAAACUAUGAAAAUAACGGACCUCUUUGAAUCUCUGUACGCAAACUCGACUAAGAAGGAAAUGCUCUCUGCAUUAUAUACCAACCUUCUCUCUACCUGCAACCUACGCGCUGUUCUAAAAGCCUAUCCAAAGCGCGCCUGGGCGUUUCAAUACAGUUUUCUCGACGGCCGUUUGAAUGGGAAGCAUGGAAGUGAUAUGCCUGCGACAUGGUAUAAUCCGAAGCUCCAGGCCUCUAUAGAACCGCUAUUUGCGCAAUUCCAGCGGUAUCUAACUAACCAUGCGCGGACCGGAAAUCCGAAUGCACCUUGUGACAAGGACUAUGGGUUGAAGUUCUGGCCUGAGGUUGUGGGGCUGGAGGAUGAGAUGCCAGGAAAUAUUUUCAAUAUGACCAACUGGGGCUUUGACAUUACACGGGACGAUCAGAUGUCAAAAAUCGUUUGCGACACUUGGAUGGAGGCGCUCGUGGCUGCCAUCGAGUCGAAACGCUGA